GGCCUCUCACGCCAGCCCCGCCGCUCCAGCUGUUAAUGGAGCAGGGCAUUUUCAAUCUUCAGGCUUCGCUCCCUGUGUCGAAUGAGGUUUGGAUGAGCCGAGCUUUGCUUGUCUGAAGGAUGGAAAUCUCUUUCCCUGAAGGGGGUGCGCUCGACCUCUCCCACGCAACGGUGCCCGCUCUCCCGCUCUCCGGGGCGCCAGGAGAAGGCGCUGAGGGCUGGUGGCCGAAGGACCCAGCGGGCGCCGCGUCUCCACUCGGGGCCUCCAUCGCCUGCAGCGAGCCAUGUUCCACGCUGCGGGAGCCGCCCAGACCACCCCCUCUCAUGAAGCCAAAGGCGGCGGCGGCAGCACGGUUCAGCGCUCCAAGUCCUUCAGCCUUCGGGCCCAGGUGAAGGAGACCUGCGCCGCCUGCCAGAAGACCGUGUACCCCAUGGAGCGGCUGGUGGCCGACAAGCUCAUUUUCCACAACUCUUGCUUCUGCUGCAAGCACUGUCACACCAAGCUCAGCCUGGGCAGCUACGCGGCGCUGCACGGGGAGUUUUACUGCAAACCCCACUUUCAGCAGCUGUUUAAGAGCAAAGGCAACUACGACGAAGGCUUCGGCCGGAAGCAGCACAAGGAGCUCUGGGCCCACAAGGAGGUGGAUCCCGGCACCAAGACAACCUGAGGCCCCUCUGACCGUCCACUCCCUCCUCCCUCUGUAGAGGCCUGGAGCGGGCAGCGGGAAGGGUGGGAGAGAGAUUGGACCGGGCUCCGGUGGGGGCAGGGUGGGAAGGGGAUGAGGCCAUCUUACUCAGGCAGAAGGUUAUGGGGGCAGGGCUGUGCUCCAGGAUUCCUUCCUUCUCCCUCAGUGGGUGGGGGUUUGGGAACCAGGACUGGGGUUUGCUCACCAGCCUGCUUCCUGUUUCUUCCAGCCUACCCCACCUCACACCAUGGCCCCCUGGGAGGCCCCCAAACCCAGCUUCCCUAUCUAGGUGCCUUUUCUCCAGCAAGGAGUCAGCAUGCUCCCCUCAGGGUCCCAAGCUCCCUCACUGCCACCCAGGGCCCUGUGUGGCCCCCACGUCUCCCCAUCUACCUCCGCUCUUAGCCUGGUCCUGAGCCAUGGAGACGGGAGGAAGGUGAGCCAGAGUGCCCUCUGCUGGGUCUCUCCAAACGCCCACCAGGACCCAGCGGGGGAGAGGAGGGGAAGUGGAACAGCCCUGCCCCACAAAGGUGAGGCAGGCAUGCCCAUUAGGGCUUGGGACCAGCUGCAGCCACGGAAGCAGCAGAAGCUAAAGCACCUGCUAGGCUGAGAGCCACAGAGACUGGUGGGGGGCUGGCAGGCUCACAUUCCCCACUUCUUCUCCCAUUUCUGCCGGUUUUGACUGUUGUAAUCAACCCUAUUUUAAACAUGUUUCAACAGA